AUGGACACAUCUGAACUGGAUGAAAUUACAAAGCAUCUUGCUGAGCUUGAACUCUAUCGACCUCAAUCACUUAGCGAAUCGAUGCAGAAGCAAUCUCUGGUCGCAGAACACAAGAAAAACCUAAACGGCUUGAUCCCCGAAGAUUCGGAUGAGUUGAGACGAGAUACUGAAGUUGUUUCUUCGCACAUUGCUCAAUGCACUUUGCCAACAGUGAACCGGACGCAAUCAAGAAGAGUUCGUUUGGAGGAAAAAGAUUGCUUGCUGAUUCGUCAGCCUCUCUUUUCGAUGUACGAAAACGUUAUCUUGGAGGACUCGAGUCAAUUCUUUGGUCUGACAGGGCCACGGGGGUUUGGCAAAUCUGCUUUUCUCCAAUAUCUCACCACCAAGCACAUCCACGGUAGCAACUAUCUCGUCGUUUUCCUGCCAGUCUGUCCUGAUGAAGUGGGUGAGAUGAAGAUCCAUUUGGCCACGGCCUUCUAUCAAGGAUGUAGGAUUGCCCAGCUUCAGGGGUACCCUCAGCUGUCGCGCCUUGCCGAACUUGGAGACAUGGUGCGAACGUGUGUUGGUUUUGCGAAGGGGAAUAAUAAGACGCUACUCCUUGUGAUCGACCAAAUGAAGACUGAGGACCCUCAAUUCUUUCAUCCAACGAUCAAUAAAAUAUCGAAUGUAUUGCGGUUCCCGAGGAGGAUCUUGCCGACACGCCGUUUCAGGUUGCAGCAGAGAAGCUGA